AUGGAUGAUUUGCCAGGUUUUAAAGAUACAGUUGAGGCUGAGUAUGAUUUAUGGAUUUCUAAAUGGACCUCAGUAGAACCAUCAUCAAGACCUUCCACCUCCACAGACGCUUUAAUUUCUUGUGAUAAAACUCUAUAUCCCAAUCUCUACCAACUGCUGAAAAUACUUGCCAUACUUCCCGUGUCAACUGCAUCAGCUGAACGCAGUUUUUCAACACUGCGAAGAUUAAAAACAUAUUUGAGAAACUCAACUUCAGAGAAUCGUCUUGUUGGUUUAGCAUUACUAAAUAUUCAUAGAAAUAUUUGUACAACGGACAAUAUGGUUUUAGACAAGUUUGCCAAUAGUGGACGAGCUAGACGAUUAAAACUUGUUAUAUAG